GCACCGUAAACGUGCUUGGUAGCGCUGCAAUUCCACCGACGUCGUGCUUGUCAUGGCACCACAACUGGGCCUAUCCAACUGACCGGACACCGAUACGAUUACCAGAUCAUAAAACCAGAGAAAACAAAAAGGUCUUUGAACUUCACAGAUUCGCCUUCGGCAUUCUUAAGAAGAAUAGAAAGGCCUGAGCAGUUGCCGUGCUCUUCGUCUUCGUUGUUGCUCGCCUUUGUCCUCGCAUACACCUACCUCUCCAUUGCCAUACACUUACAAUCUAUACCAGAUACCUCCCUCUCCCCCGCACACCCGCACACCAGAUUCGGUCUUCCUUCUUCUUUUUGAAUUACAACGACGAUGGAAUCGUUCUUGUCGGAGGUGGACAGCGGUCAGCUGAAAGCGCAGCUGAACAAGAUCAUGGCGGACGUCAAUGCGGUCACCUCCGACACCGCCUCCAUCUCCGCCAAAGGCACCGAGGAGGCCGGGCAGUGCAUCAUGGAGUUCACGAACUUCUUCGUUUCCUGCGCGGAGCGGUACGGCGCGACGCCGCACGCCGUGCUCGGCCAGCACGUUACGGCCAAUGUUUUUGUUUUUGUGCUGGAACGCAUUGUGAAGCCGAACUUGAUCACCUACUGCCGCGCGGUCGAGAAGCACGCCUCGGCUGCGAUAGAGAGCAACUCGAGUACGAGUGGCCGACGCCGGCAGCCAUCACAGCUACCGCAGCAUCCAGCAUUGUCCAACACGGGUGGAGUUGCUGGACGGCGAGACGCAUUGGAAGCGCGGCGGCGGCGUCUGCGCGGUGACAUUAUUCGCCCUUUCAUUCAGCUGUUUCAGGGUCUGCACGCCUCGCUGAUGGCGGAGGGGGAGCCGCUGACAUCGCAGCAGCAGCAACAGCGCAGUCCCAGCGGCACCGGCAGUGGGGAUGCGGCACGUGUCGCGUGGGAGAAAGGCCUCGAUCCAGCUAGCGGCAGCAAUGGCCGUUUUUUGGUGAGUGACAGAACGGGUGUGGAGGCUGUGCCGCACGCAUCCACCGUGACCUCAGCUGACACGAGAGACGUGUUCGGCGUUGACGCGGCGGAUGCCCUUUCUUUGUCCUCCGCCGUUGCCUUCGCGCAAUCCCUCAGUCAGGCUCCUCUCCUGUGGAAGAGUGCCUCCCCGCUCAAUCUGCUGUGCAACCACAUCCUCGAGGUCCUGGAAAGUCAGUGGCUGGUCGCGGUGGUCGGCGCAGACUAUGCGGCGCUGCUGCUGGAGGUGCUGCGGUGGGGCGGAUACGCGCGGCUCGUCACGCCGACGUACCUGGUUCGGCUCUCCGGCUGCCUGGUAGGGCUGCUUGAGCGAGUGCCGCUGGGAAGUCCUUCCUUAGCCGACGCAAGCGCUGGCAAUGACGGCGGAGUGACGGCUGUCUCGCCAAACUUAGUUCUCCAGGAGGUGGUCGGUGGCCGGGUGUGGGCCGCAGCACCGAGCGCCGAUGACGCCUGCGUGUAUGCGCAGGUGCUGGUGCGGCUGUACAGUCUCCCUCAAGUAACCUCCGCUUACCCGCCGUCGGCCGCUGCGCAGAGUACACGAACCGAAGCCGCCUCCACAAACUACACUAGAGCUGACAACGGGAGCAGCAGUGGCGGCAGUGAUGCUCUCGCGCUUACCCGCCGACUCAUGGAGCUGAUAAGGGCGCGUCACCAAAUCCCCACUCCCGACCUGCGGCUGGAGGCGUACAUCGUCGCCGCGCUGCGGCAGCUGUGCCGUCGCUUCCAGCACGACCACCCCGCCGCCGCCCGCGCCCCGGUCGAGGUGGUGAAGCUGCUCUGCAAUUUCUUCUUCCUCCCGCACCACACCCCCCGGCACGACGUGUGGCGGCUGGAGGUGAUGCAGUUUGUGACGACGGUGCUGUCCUACACCUUGGCAGACCUCGUGGCGGAGGAGCUCUGGAGCGACCUGCACGCCGCCGGUUCACAGAAGUGGGAGGCCAGCAAUGCGUUCACAGGCGACUCAGCAGAAGACGGUGCUGUGAAGGUGCUCAAUGUGAAGCGAGCAGAGGUCACCGCUGACGCUGCUCGACAGCUGCAGUCCCAUCGUGAGGUGCUGGCGCUUCUGCACCACACGGUCUACCCAACGAUGUGCCGCAUCUUCACGCAGCACCGCCACGAGUACAGCUUCACCUCUCGACGGGAGCUGUUCAGCUAUCCCUGCAGUCCUCUGCAGGAGGUGUUCGACUUCGGCGCGGUGGUGCUGUACCUGUGCUCGGCGACCUAUUCCAUGUACGGAGGGAUACGUGGGGCAGCGAGUCGAGCGGGCGACGUGCCGGGCGGUGUGGCGGAAAUCGACGACGCGGAGCGCAGAGGUGCGAGUGGUACGCCGGCGGAACGACAGCCGCAGCGGAAGCGACGGCGUGCACACGACAGUCACGACGACGGUGCCGACAGCGGAGAAGGCGAAGUCGGAAACGCGGAAGGCGAUCUGCAAGCACCCUCGCGCGAUGUCGCAUCGCAAAGCCCGCAUCCCGUGCAGCUGCUCUGUGACGCGCUGACGAAUGAGUUUUUUCAACCGUCCGCAUCCCCAUCCACCGCAGCAACACCGACGGCGCCUCCCACCACCACCGCCCGCCGUCGUCACCGCAGCCGCGCCGCUCCGCCGCUGGUUCUCAUCAUCCGCACCGCCGGCAUCCGCACCAACAGCGCCGCCCUGCAAGACGUCAUGUCCGAUCGCUCCCUCUUUCUACUGCACUUGUUUGCGCAGCCCUGUGCCACGAUGCGCUGCCCGCCGCACAUCGCCGAUGCACUCGUCGAGGAUGUGCUGCUUCCGCUGAGUGCCACCUUUGGCCUGCGCAUGGGUCUGCUGCUGGCCGCGAUACGCGCCGUCGUGCCCCGCUGCAGCGCAACGACGCAGUUUUUUGCCUUUGCGCAGCUCGCCCAACGAUCGCUCCCCGCCCAGCUUAGCGGCACGGGGUCUGGCGCUGUGGUGGUGACCUCGUCAGUGCGGGAGGAUCUUGUGAAUCCGUCGGAGCCGAUGUACCGGGUGCUAGUGACACUGCUGGAACGCCGCUUGAGUGAUGAUGACCGCCGGCAUCGUCCUCCGAGUUGGCGUUCGUUGUCGACGGUGGAUGGUUCGCACGUGAGCGUGUCGGCUGCAACGGCAGAAACUACUGUUGCUGCUGUACCUCCGCUGGACGACGUACACGUGGGGUGGGAGACGCACCUGCAGGCUGCGGUGUCCCGCAUACAGUCGCAGCUGCACGCCUUCGAACAGGCCGUCCGGCGAGUGCGGGAGGUGCGUGCGAUGGGCAUCUCAUCGGGCGAAGCAGCGGCUCUUCCGCUUGUGGGCGCUGAUGCGGAGGGUGGCCCUUCGGCCGCCACCGCCGCCGCCGCCGCCUCCGCAGCAGCACUGGCACCCACCUCGGCCGAUCCUUCGCUCUCCUACGCUCCCGUUUUGUCUCCGUCGCUCGCGCUUCUCCUCACCCGCUUCGCGACGCUCGUGCAGUGUGUGCGUUUGAGCCAACUCGCUGCCCCAAGCAAACUCGCGGAGGGCGUGGAUUUGAUCAGCGGCGGUGUUGGUCUCGAUUUCGUGUCACUGGUGGUGGCCCACGGCGCGGACUUCUACGCCGACGUCCCCCUGCUGCACCGUCUUGGCGUGGCGGCUGGGAACCGUCGCACGAGUCCGCGUCUCUCUUCUCCUCUCCCACAGCCGAAUGAGCUGUCCACUAAGGCCAACGAGACCACCACCGGCGUCGCCGCCUUCGCACGCGACCGGAGCAGCAGUGCUCACGCGGCCAACGCCGCGUCGGUUUCGCUGACGUCUUUGUCGGCCGCUGCCGGCAGUGCCUCCGGGGCCGCGUUCCUGCUGCUGUUCUCGCCCGCCGAUUUCAUGGGGUGGCUUGCAGCGGCGGAGGAAUACGCGUGUGCGGUGCUGUGGACGUGCCGGGCACAGCAGCAAAUCGCUCAGCGUUCACAGCAGCAGCUCUAUCGCGUACCCAUGGCGAGGGACGGCCCAGCGGUGCUGUCAAUGAGGCACGAAGGCGGUGCCGGUGCGGCGGCUGUUGCGUCAUCCUUACACGGACCGUUGCGGGCCGGAGUGGGGCGCUACCUCGCUGAGGUGUGCGCGGGGGUGGAGGAGGCAGCCGCCGACCCGGCAGCAAACGUGCCGGCGGUGCUGUACGAUGCCGCAGCAGGCCACUGGAUGUUGCGCGUGUCCUCACACAGCAAUCGACAGGCCGUCACGCAGCGACCGCCUUCGCUUGCCCGGCAGGAUGAAGAAAUGGAGGAGUAUCGUCAUCAGCAUCGGCGUUGUAGCCCUCAGUCACCGGCGGCGGCGACGGAUGCUUCGCCUUUGCCCCCCUCAAUCGGCGAAGUGGCGCCGCGUCCGUCACUGCCGCGUUCCUUUCAAACUGCACUGGCGACGUCCGUGCAGGGCGCCGUGACGUGGUUGAUGCGCCGGUCACAGCUGUUGGAGAGCGUCAACGCGCGUGUUGCAGCGUUAGACGCCGGUGCCAACUUACCUUCCCCCCCUUCUUCGGUCGAUGGGGUCCCCCCAAAGGAGGUGCGCGGUGGUGCUGUCUUGAGAGACCACAACGCGGAGUUCGCCGCCGCCCACUCGUCCGCCGUGCUUCUGCUUUCCGUGCAGUGCGUGCAGCUGCUCCAUCUGCUGCUGCGGUGGCGCCGUGCGGGACUGUGGUUCCCGCCGGAAGAAGGCGGCGAUUUCACUUCAGCAGCAGGCGCCGCAGCGGCAACGACCACGACGAAGACAACAGCCGGCAACAUAAAGCAGAGGGGCGAGAACCGUGGCGCGAGAGUGACAAAGGUCAAGGAGGAUGGUGCGGCGGCGGCCCAACGCACCACGGAACAGAAUAUUGUUAAUGCCGGCGCCGAGGCCGGGAGGGCGGCUUCAACGGAUACUCGCAGAACCAGCGAAGACAACGAAGAAGCACCGUACAACGACGCGCCACGACCACCUCGACCACCACAACCGUUUCUCAAUGAGCCGCACUCUACUACGAACGCCAUCACCGCAGACGCAGCGGCGCGUGCUGAUGUGCGUGUGCUCGCGACUUCGCCCCGCCUCUUUGACAGUCCCGCGUCAAUGCUGGCGCGCUUCUCCAUUCGUGGCGGCGGCCGCCUCUACUACACCGUUUUAUGGCUGUGUCACCACCUAUUGGGGCUACAGCAGCAACGCCACCACCGUGCAGACAUGGAUGUCCUCUCGACGCUCCCCCUGUGGGCGGCGCUACAUGCGCUUUAUCGCGAUGUCGGCUCGGUCUUCCUCGACCCAUCGAUGGCCUGCGUCGAUCCUCGCCAAACGAUACUGCAGCUGACGGCCGCGGUGACGCAGAGGUGCUUUUACGGUGGCGUCGCGCCCUUGUCGCGGUGGCGGCCCUCCAACCCGCACUCCCGCGAAUUAACUCUCACGGUGACGAGUGCGCUGCGCCUUUCCCUGGACACACUGCGCAUUGUGCUGACGGCGGCGCGACGUACGGGCAUUCACGCCUAUGCUGCGACCCCGCUUAUGGAUGUGGCUGACCUCCGCCAAGCGCUCCUACGCUUGCUGGAGCAGCAAUCCUUGGCAGAGGGAAGCGCUUCCUGGACCACCACACGAAGCGGAGGGGCAGAAGCGGCGGCGACUUCCGCAUCCGGUGAUUUCGAAGACGUGCUACUGCCGAGCCAGCAUGCCCUCCUCACACAGAAGUAUCCAUUUCUACCCACGGUGCUGCCCGUGCUCCCCGCCUUGCUGCGUCUCUUUACGGUACUCAGCACGGCUCAACCGCCCGAUGUCGCUUUGGCAGGCGAGGCAGGAAGCAAAGGCGGCAGAGCGGGAACACUCGCUGCACUUGUGGAUGGGCGUACGCUUGUGCGACUCCUGCAAGUGUUGUUCGCUCGCUAUCGCUAUCAGACGGGACCUGCUCUGUGCAGUGAAGUGAUGGGUGGGGUGCUGGCGGACGUGGAAGGCCUCCUCCGCAUUCCCGCGCACUCCACGCCCAACAGCGGCAACACGACGCUCUCCACGGGCGAGGACACCGCCGCAAAGGAACGGCGCGUUGGGACAGUCGAAACGGCGUCAGCGGCGCUGUGCUACACGCAAAGCGGCCGGUUACUAGAGCUCUGGACAGCGCAGCUGACAGAUCCAAAUCGAGUGGACAUGCCCGUGUGCACUCCGCAGUGGCAGUGUGCACUGCUGCAAGCCGCCUUUGCCGUCCUCGUGCGCUGCGAGCCGGCCGUCGCGGAGGUACUCGGCCGGUUCUCCUUUGAGUUUCUGUCGGAGUCGACGCCCUUCGCGGUGCGUCGACACGCAGCCCUGCACGUUGGCGUGCUCUUUCGGACCUUCUCCAUGCGUCGCGCGCAGGUGCUGCGCACGCUACUCGUGAAAGCGCGCGAAGGAAUGCUGUCCCCCACGCCGAUGCUUUGCUCCACGAGCCUUUUGGCGCUGUCGGAGGCGGUGCGCGCCGCACCAGAGCUGCGCGUCGAGGUGAUCUACACGUUGCUGGAGUGCUGGGCGACGCGCGGGUUUGCGCAGCGACACCUCAUCGUCGAGUGCCUGACACGGCUGGCGGAGUGGGCUGAAGAGGAUGCGGCGUGGACCACGACUGUCGCGCUUCCCGCGUGCGCGCGUCGGCUGCUGUACACCUCUCUGUGUCGCAUGCACGUCCGCCCUCUUCUUUUCCGGUGGCUGUGCGAGUACAAGCACCCGCUCAUAGCCCUGCCGGUUGCCUGCUUCGGCUACGCCGCAUUGGACGACUUUGUGGCGGAUCAGCUGCCUGUACUGCUGCCGCUGGCACUGCUGCUGCUGACGGAGUCGAAGGACGCAGAGACCGUCGUGUGGCGUGAGAUGCGGCCCCCGCGCCCGCAGCAGGACCUGAGCACGUCAGGCGGUGGCCCUACCACUGCUGCUGCUUCUGCUGCCGCUGCACACGCGCAGGGAAGCGUAUUUCAUCAGCUUCUGCAGGUAUACACAGAGAAGAUGCUUUGCACCUCCGUCGCCGCAGAAGGCGAGAACACGCGAGCGCGGCGCCCGAAAGAGAGAAGCGGCGCUCCGGACGGAGUUCCGGCGUCGGCAGCAGAGAAUGCGCAGAACGGAGCAGCGGAAGAACUUCGACAGCUUGCUCCCCUCUGCCUUGUUCUACAGUACUUCUCUUCAAUUGUCGUGCAGCUGCUGGUGAUUGCCUCCAACGCGCCGGUGCCGUUGUUUGGCGUCGAGGCAGCCGAGUUGGACGUCAGCUCGCCGACCGGAGGAGGCCACGCGGACUGGUCGCGGCAGGCAGGACAGCGACAGGCCAGCGAGAGAGGGCGACGAAGCAGCGGGCUGCACCACAGCACCGCAGAAGCACCGACAAAGGCGGACUGGUGUGACGCGGCACAGAAAUGCCUCUAUUGGCUGGAGGCGCUGCUCAACACGUGCGAGGCGGCUGCGCUCGUGCAGGGCGGCGCGUGGGCGUGGCUCGGAAGGCUUUUGCCCUCAGAGGCGUGUGCCGUGACGGACGUGUCGCCCACCGCCGCGGCCGCCGUGUCGAGCCCCGCCGUCACCCUCAACGCAGCGGAGGUGCUCGUUUUCUAUCUACAGCGGCUUUCGGCGUGGCCAACUGCACGACCAAUUUUCGACUCGGUUCUCGCCGCGCACAUGGACGCGAUGUUGUCGGAGAUGGUACGGCUGCACCGUACGGUGGCGGAGCCGGCGCAGCUCGUCUACGCCACUCCGGCGCAGCUGCAAUGGGUGCUGACGUGGGUGGCAGAGAAAGUGACGGCCUUGCCGCUGAUGCUCGAGGGCUCUGCCACCACCGCACCUGCGUCCGCUGGCAGAACAGCCGCUUCUUCCUCCCCUCUUCCUCCACGUCAUCCUGAGAAAGGUAGGGGUGAGUCAAGAGAGGAUGAAGUCAUCGUUGUUGUGGAGGACACACAGGAGCUCGCCAGCUCCGUGACAGGGCCUGCGGAUCUGUACGCGUGGCAGGCGUGGUGUUUGCGUCUGCUUGUGCCGCCGCCUAUUACCACAACCACCGCUGCGCUUGCCGUUGCUCGAGAUGGAGAGGUGGGCAGUCGAGCUCGCCGCUCGCUGGCGGAGGUGCUGUCCUCCCACGACGCUCUCUCCUCUCUGUUCCUCCUAGGCGACAGCACGUUCCUCCGUUCGCUGCUGCACAUUGCCUAUCGCAGCUGUACGGCGCCCACGUCGCUGGAGUGUGUCUUGCGUGGCUCCCAACAGCUCUCCCUUCUCACGUGGAUCAGCACCCGCUGGUGCUCCUCACGUGUGCUGGCGCAGGCGCCGGCCCUGCAGGCGGUGCUGACGUACCUACUCCACUGGCUUCGGCGCGACGGGUCGACCGAGGUGUACCGAGCCGUGUGCAACGCGCUGCUGCAUGUAUGGCCCGUCGCUGUCAGCAACACCGAGCGCGCCGCAGGUGGAGGCACGGAAGACGACGCGGGAACGACAGAAACGGCCAGAAGGGAGAAGGACUCUCACGGUGUAGACGAGGACCUGUGGACGUGCGCGGUAUUGCUGUCUCGCGCGAUGGAGCCUCUUCUUGCGAUGUCCCCCGUCGUCGCCGCGACCUGGACGGCGUUGUGUCGGAGCGAUCCAAACCUGCUGAGGUGCGAGUGGCAUCGACGGGCCGCAGCGUACGUGCAGGACAGCCUGCGAGGCACAGGCGAAACAUCAGCGAAGGGCGAUCGCAGGGGCGACGACACCUUUCGCCGAGCUGCUUCUUGUGAAGUGGUGGAGGUCAGCGACUCCACCGACGACGACGACGAGGAGGCAAAGCAACGCAACAACGAAGACAACACCGCAAGUCAGCACGCGACUGCACUGCCACCAGAAAUGCACACUUGGAACUGGUCGACCUAUCUGGCCUACCGCAAUGUGUCUCUUGCCCCGCUUCAGUGUACCACAGCGCGGCGUAGCCUCGCCACCUUCGUGACGCUCCUGCACCAUACCUGCGGCCGCGAUGACUUGAUAGAUGACAUCGACAGCAGCGCCGCCGGCUCAAGCGAGACAGAAAGGGCACGCCCCGCUGCGGACGUGGAGGACUCGCAAUGGCGUCGUAUCAGCAACGUCACGGAUGCUGUGGCGACUGCGACGACAGCGCCGCCUCCCCCUUCAUUUCUGCGCAACGUCGCUGCAGGCGUGGACGGCACGCGCACGCUCAUUAUUCGCUGCUUAGAAGUAGCAGCGGUGUGCUCUCGAGCCGGCGCAGAGGGGCUGCUCAAGGAGCGGUCUUCAUCGUCAUCGGCUACAUCGACAUCUAUUCGCCCAGCAGAGAGGAUGGCGAUGUUGGUGCGCCAUGCGCUUCUCGUUGCCGUCUCGCAGCUGUACCGCUGGUCCAUUGCGUGCCCGAUGAACGAAGCAAAUCUGUGGUCGGUCACCGCUGACUGGAGCAGCACCACCGCUGCUGCAUCAACGGCAUCAGCAUUCACAGCUGUGUCGUCGGCAGCCACGGUGUCCAUGAUGGAUUCGGAGAACAGUGAAGAUCAGGCGUUGGCGUGCUUUGAACUUCUACGCAGUUUGUCGCUCUGCGUGGUGCACGCCGGGGAGACCGCGGCGCUGACGAGCACCAUCGAGUCUGCCGACCGUAUGAGCAGCCGCUUCAGCACAGGAGUGACGCUGAGCUGCGGCGACAGCUCAACUGGUUGUGUUGGCACGAACGAUAGUAAGGAUAAGAAUAAUGGUGGUGGUGGUGGUGCCUCGGCAGAGCAGCUCGUCACCGCUAGCCUCGGUCACGCCUACGUGGAACAGCUCUACCUACUGGAGCAGCUCGCCGCUGCUGCGGACGCGCGUCGUUCUGAGCUUGCGGUCGGUGCCUUGCGUAUGUGGACGUUGUCGCUGCAGCGAAGUGCACAGGGAGACACCGCCGCCGCCGCUGGUGGUGCGCUCUCCAGCUUCGACGCGGCCGUGGUGGCGAUGAUGUGCGGUGCCUGCGCCGCGUCCGAUGCCCACGGCGGCGAGGAAAAGGUGGCGAAGGCGAGGAGGAGUGUGUGUGCAGCCUACGCCCCGAGUCUGCUGCAUCGACUGUCGUGGGCAGUGCGCAGCGUUGGCAGUUCAGUGACCGCCGCCACGAACACCGCCGCCAUUACGCGUAGCACGCCGUUUUCAUUCGAUCUAGCACCACCAUCGCCUCCACCGUGUUUCUCAUCCGCUCAUCUCACCGACGCGUCCGUGUGGCGGCCGCUGCGAACAUCGCCGCCGAUCGAGCGGGCAUUUGUGUGCCGCUUUGUAGCCGCCAUGGCGAACACCUACGGCAUUUUGAAGAAGAGCGCGAUGUGGACUUCGCUGCUGCCGCUUCUAUACGAGGAAUUGCAACGGACAGGCGACGCGGCGGACGGUGCCACGGAUGAGGAGAGCGGCGUUGAGGCGGCCUCGCCAUUGUUUUCGUCCUCUGGCAGCUUAGGUGGCGCCUCCGUGGCUGCGCGUUUGUUGACGCCGCUGCUGCUGCACGUCCUCUGCUUGCGCGAGAGCGAUGGACAGCGGGCAACGCGACGGGAAUGGAGUGAGUUGGUGGACAAGUACGUCCUGCAGCAGGCCGACCAACGCCCCUACACGGCCCGGCUCUUCCUUCACGCCCUUUACGCGUGCCACGUGGUGUUGGUGCGGCUGACUCGUCAACGCGGCCUGAAGGGCUCGAUAGCGGCAGACAAGCCGAGCAGCAGCAGCAGCACUAAUAACAACAAUAACAGCAGCGCAGGCAACGCAAGUGAAAUGGGAAGCCAUCCUUCAUCCACCUGGCCAGCGGCCUUCGGCUCGGUGCCGGUGCUGCAUGACAUGCGCGAGUGUUACUGGCUGAGCGACAUCCCCGCCACGCACCUCGCACGCGCCGCCGUUGCUGUGCAGGAGCCGCACCUCGCCUUGCUUUUUGCGCAGCUCAGUGGCGAGUCCCUCUUCGGCCCCCGCACGGGCUGCGCGGCGCUGUGCGGGGAGAUGGAAACGACGCGGACUGCGGUCAUGCUGCGCGGCGUCGCCGUUGGUGCCCCGGCGGCCGCCGCCCUCUCGAGUGCUCCUUACUCUGUUCUAUUCCCUUAUGCCACGUACGAGGAUUAUCCGGCGAGCUCGUCAUCUGCGGCGGCGGGGAAGUCUGCGCCCGAGGUCGCCGCGCGCAGUGGUGGUCGUGCACGAGAUCGACAUGAAGGUGUCCGUCAGCAGACGCAGCGCUUCAUGCAGCACAUCUUUACUGUGUAUGAGGCGGUGCAACAGCAGGUGGACUUGGAUGACGUGAGUGGGGUGUCGGUGAUGGUGCGGCACUUCAGUCGCCGUCCCACAGAUCCGGCCAUUUGUAAUGGCGUGGAAGAGGCGGAGGAGGGGACGAGCAGCAACAGCACUCUGCUGCACGCUGCAUGCGUGGGCCCUGUUCGCCUAGCACGAGACACGAUCAGCGGUACCGUUGUUCGACGUUGCGCGCCGCUGCGCGUCAGCACCGAAGGCGACGCAGCGAUGCCAAACGAAGAGUUCGUCAACACGUUGCGCGAUUUGGAAGAGGCGGCGCAUUCCAACCGCGGUGAAGUCCCAACGUCCCGCGCCGUGCGCGACGAUCCAAGCGGGGGCGUAGAUCGGAAAGGCGGGAGAGCUGCUGCGGCGCGCAGCGACGGGGACUUGUGGUCAGCGGCACUGCAGCGCGCAGCGCGGUUGCUGGAGCGCGGGCUUCCGUCAACGUCCAUGGACGUCCUACUGAACCUACGCACACACUACGUAGACGCACAGGUGAGGGCAGUGCCUCAGGUGUCUGCCCUUCCAUCACCAUCACCCCACUCGAGUGAUGGUGGAUCGGCGAACUCACUGCUUGAUUUGGCAGCUGUAUCGACGAAGGCGGCAGCCGCCGUGGCAUCGGCAACGGUCUCCGAGCGUGAGAGUGCACCAUGGACAGCCGAUCACGAGGCGUGUCUGCGCUCUCUUCUGUCGCAAGCUGCCUGGCGCUGUGCCCGGUGGACGAGCGGUCCAUCUAUUGGACUCUUCUCCGUCGGUGCGCACACCCAAACCGACAAUGUUGGAGGCACCGCAGCUGCUGCAGCAGCGGCCCUGCGAGAAUCGCGUGCGGGCAUGUGCAAGGCAACCGCGGUCUCUCCAGCCGUGCUGGAACGUCUCGCGCAGCCUUUCUCGCCUUCGUCUUCCUUGCCUUCCCUCCACUCCGCUCCAUCCGCCUCGCCUGGUGAAUGGGUCGGGGGCGGCUUCUACGAGCACCUGCUGAAUUCCUUCCUCGCACUUUCCAGUGGCGAGCCGCUGUUGUGUCUGCCGCACCUGCGUAGCGCAGAGGCCAGCCUUCGCCUGCAGCUCUCCGCGACGUCGCUCGUGACAACGGUGGUGGCCGCGGAGGCGCUGCGCGAGGUGCGGCAGUGCGCAAAUGCGAUGCUGACGACGGCAGCAAGCACCGGAAGAAGGUCCGGUGUAACGUCUCCGAUGACGGCAGCGUCUGGCACACCGUCGCUGCCCAACUGGCGGAUGGCGGAAAACAACAGCGGCGAUGGUGGCCGGCGGAAGUGGAGCAGCGAUGCUGACCACGGCGACGACGGCCAUUACUACAGCAAUCACACACUCCGUCUCGACACUGCCCGUCUUGUGCAUCGCAUAGGCAGCACUUCGUGGCAGCUGAUGGACUCCGUGCGACACGCGCUGAGUCAAAUCUACGGUGACAAGGACGAAUGGUAUCGUUUCUUAAUCGGGGCAACGGAGCGUGCGCUUGCCUUCCACGAACCAGGGCUGGCGCAUCGCUGGCUGACAGAUUGGGAGAGACAAAGCGAAGUCUCAGGAGACGGCGCCGCAGCGGGCCUAUCUCCACCAUCUUUUCCGGCGCAGCAGCGGCGUGUUGAUGUAGCACUACGUAAGGCGCAGGUGGCGUACGCGCUCGGACGGUGGCAGGAGGCACUCGCUCUGCUGCAGCCUCCCGCUUCUUCCUCCUCUUUGCUUCACGGGACGACUCCUAGCGUCACAGCGCCCUUCACUACACCUCUCGAGCCGCGUGUGGUACAGCAACUCAUGCUGUGGCACGCGGAGCUGCAGCUCGUGCCCGCCUCCCAGCUGGUGCGUGACCCCUUCCUCUCCCGCGCAGCUGCGUCCGACAACACAGGGGCGUGCAGCUUCCUGCUAGCGCGUCUGUGCCACACCUUGGCGAGCGAAAUUGCCGAUCGGCUGACAAGCCACGAGCAUCGACAGCUGGAGGAGAGCGUCGAGGAGUCCAAGCGGCAACGGCGAGAGCUGGAGGCGCAGCUGCACGCAGCCACUACCGCCAUCACCACCACCGCUACUGCUACUGCUACUGCUACUUCAACAGCGGCACCUCUUGCUGGCGGUACGAAUCGAGCGGACGCGCCACAACGAUCAGGACGGGGCAACGAAGUCCCUCCUGCCGCUGCCGCAGCGGGUGUCGCGGUGCUGAGCGACGAGCAGCUACGCCUCCUUCGCCGACGCAUUCGUGAGCUGACGGGGGACAUCAAACGGCUGGAGGACGAGUGGGAGGCGGAGAAGUCGAACUACGGCCUCUACCGCCGCAGCGCGCUGAACGCCUACUCGCGGCUCCUGCAGUUCCAUCACCUGGGUUCCUCUUCCUCUGCUGCGUCGUCCCCACCGCCACUCCAGCAGCACGCGCACGUUCGUGGUGGAGCGCCGGCGGCGGCGGACCACCCCGCCGUGACCUGCCUGCCGCAGGAUGUCGCGGAAAACACGCUGCAUGCCGUCUUUGGUUUUGUCGAGCUGUGGUUGAACGCGGCGGACAUCGAGCAGAGCAGCGGGGAGGUACUCGGCAAGGUGCUGGACAAGGCCGUGGAGCGCAUUCCCACCGCUGUAUUCCUUCCGCUUGCGAGCCAGCUCACCGCCCAGCUGGGGGGACCACAGGAUGCCGACCGCCUCAGCUAUCUGGUCGGCCGCAUCGCCCGCGACUACCCGCUGCCCGUCGUGUGGCCACUACUCACCCUGCGCCAUGGCCACACGUUCGCGAAGUCACGAGAGGUGAACGCGCUGCACGCCGUGGACGAGGCGAAGAUCAAGGCGGCGCAGACGCUUCUCGCGGACUUGGCCUCGACGACGUCCUCCCACAAGACGGUGACUGGGCAUGCAGGACGUGCCGCUGCUGCUGCCGCUGCUGCCUCUUCUACGUCUGCGUCGGUCGCCACGCAGGUGCGGCAUGCCCAGCUGCUCAGCUCCGCCUACCUCGAGCUGGCCUUUGACCGCGGUGCCAACGCGGCCCAGACGGAGAGGCGCUACCCGAUCCCCUCGGACUUCGUAUUAAUUAAGGACGCGCACCACCUCGUGAUUCCACCGCCGACGUCCCUCCUCUCUUCCUCCGCUACUUCGUGCUCCGCAGAGAAUUACCUCGGAGGUGGCGACGCCGUGCCGUGUGCUCCGCAGCUGGCGCCGCACAUCGUGCGCUAUCGCCCCUUCUUCACCACGCCGGGCGGCGUGAAUGUGCCAAAGGUGCUGCUGUGCGAGCUGAGCGACGGCCAGGUCGUGCGGCAGCUCCUCAAAGCCGGCGACGACCUGCGGCAGGACGCCCUGAUCGAACACGUCUUCGCCACUGCAAAUGCGCUCUUCCACCGACGGGCGGCGACGCGGCCGCUGCGGGUGCGCACCUUCGCGGUUGUGCCGCUGGCGCCAACGGCAGGCGUGCUGCAGUGGGUGGAAAACACGGUCCCGUUGGGGGAGUACGUGACGGGCCACUGCCACGGCCGUCAAGAGCACCCCGGCGCGCACGAGCGCUACUUCCCUGGCGAGCCGACAACACGGGAGUGUCGUCUGCAGCUGCAAAACGCGCCUCCCCGCAGCAAAGCGGAGGCGCUGCUGAAGCUGUACGAGGCGUUCACGCCCGCGUUGCACUACUUCUUCUUUGAGCACGCCACCUCCGCGCAGGUGUUCGUGUCGCACCAGCAAACCUUCACGCGGAGUGUCGCCGCCUCGAGCAUGAUGGGCUACAUCGUAGGACUGGGCGAUCGGCACAUCAACAACAUGCUGCUGCAUCAGCAAACGGCAGAGGUGGUGCACAUCGAUCUCGGCAUUGCGUUUGAUCAGAGUCGGCUGCUGCCGGUGCCGGAGCUGGUACCGUUUCGCAUGACACGCAACAUCAUCGACGGCUUGGGUGUACGCGGCACGGAGGGGAGUCUGCGGCCGUGUGCUGAGGCGGCGCUGGGACUUCUGCGGGAAAAGCGGGAUCUACUGCGGACUCUCUUCAGCGCCAUCACGCACGACCCCCUCGCGCGGUGGGCGAUCGGCGGGCAGAUGAACGUCGACGCCUUCGGCGCUGCUCGAGCGGCCGCGACGGGCGACGAGGGCAACGCUGAAAGCGAGGUGAUGCCACAGCACAAACAGCAGCAGCAGCUGUUGCAGGCGAGCACCCGUCAAGCGGCCCUGAUGCGCACACGGCCGAGCAACGCCGACGCAGCGCGGACACUGGCCCGCAUCGACGCGAAGCUUCAGGGCUACGACGGCGGCGAUGUGCUAAGCGUUGCCACGCACGUGCGCAAACUCGUGGAGGAGGCGCAGCGAGUGGAGUUGCUGGCCGUGAUGUUCCCCGGCUGGUCGCAGUGGGUGUAG